AUGCCAGAUGGAUGCCCUCAUGGUGUUAUCAUCCAACUUCAACCACUCGUCAGUCUCUGCGCCGAAGGCUCCGCUGCCCUCGUGGAAAAUACUGUUCAAGAUGACUUAGUCAGCGGGUCAGCUUCUAACAAAGCCCCUGAAGCCAUUAAUCUACGCAAAACCGCUGCUGAUGAGUCGGUUGUCUGCAUCGUUUCAGGACCGAAUGCUGACAAGGAGAUUUCGAAGAAGGACCAACAGUGGACCGAUCUGAUCUCAACAUCCAUAGGACUUCUAGACAGCGCUACCGAGGAGACUGCCGCCGCGAACAUCCGCAAGUUCUUUCAACGUCAUAUCCGUGACCUCAUCUCCGCUCGCCCAAGGAAUGUCUCUAUCCCCGACUCCAUCUUCCACGACGACAACAUCGUGCCCAUGCUUGAAUCCUUCCCGCGCGGUUGUCGAUAUGCACACAUGAGCCAUCUAACCAGUCAAAACGAUCUUCUUUAUACCCAAACACUUCAACGUCUCAUCGAGCGAGGUUUCUAUGAACGAGCCAGGGAACUGUUUCUAGAUAACCUCCUCACCAUCCUGCACGAACGCAUACUGCAGCCUCGGACAGCCAACCAACGUCAACAGAUCAAUAAGAAAUCCAAGCAGUUUUCUUUCGAAUACUUGCUUAGCAGCCUCCCCGACAGAUACUGUAUAAUUAUCCUCGCGUCUAGAGAAUAA